AGGAGUAAUGAAACGGGGAGAGCAGCAUUUUCCGCAGCUUAUUGGUGAGACCGCAAAAGACUAGCGCACAGAGAGGACAGAAGCAAACUUUCGGACAGGGGACCAACACGUCAAUUGUCUGUUUUUGAAGCCGUCUGUAGCCUUUAAUUCAGUUUUUGUCCAGCAGCCAAACGAUACUUUGUCGCAGUUGCUUGGAAGUGAUUUACUGGGCAAUGGUGAAGAAGGACACAUUUUGCGGAAUUGACGCCUUUACCUGUGUUUUCCCUCUAAACUUCACUUCGGAUAGGAAACACUGAGUUGAAUCCUAUUUGCGCCACAAAGUGAAGUAGCCAGAGGGGCUUCAGCUGCCCUGCACCACUGGAGCCUUCAAUAAUGUCGGGGCCAACACACCACAACCGGCCCCAUUGCUUCUGACCCAACAUGGAGCUCAAGGUCUGGGUGGAUGGAGUCCAGAGGGUCGUCUGUGGGGUCACUGAAGCAACCACCUGCCAGGAAGUAGUGAUUGCUCUGGCACAGGCCAUAGGUCGGACUGGGAGAUACACUCUGGUAGAAAAAUGGCGGGACACCGAGCGUCACUUAGCCCCUCAUGAGAGCCCUGUGGCCUCUCUGAACACCUGGGGGCAGUAUGCUGGGGACGUCCAGCUAAUCCUGCAUCGCACAGGCCCCUCCCUGACUGAACGACCCCCCUCAGAAGGACCCCCUCUCAGGGGGCCUGAACGUGGGCUGCAUCGGCAGAGCCUCCCUCCCCUUGCAAAGCUCCGUCAUCCCAAUGACCGCUCCCUCCGCCGCCGCGAACCCCGCCGCAAGUCUCUGACGUUCACCGGUGCACCCAGAGGCCUUCGGGAGAUACUGAGCGGAGGUAAAAUCGUCGAGGCCGACGCUAAACGGAGACUGCUCCUGGGAAAUGGUGGUGGGAAUCACCACCACGCAGGGCCAACCAUCGGGACCGCAUCGCCCGGCCUGUGGGCCUGUCGCAUGGAAGAUCUGGUCAGACUGGUCGGUAUACAGAGAGAGACUCUCAAUGUGCUGGAGAAAAAGCUGGAGUCAUAUGAGGCUGAGCUCCAAGGCUGGGCUGAAGGGCGAGGGGGGCGAGGUGGAGGGUGCAUUGGGGACCCCAUUGGAGGAGGUGGGCUGAUAGAGGAGAUCCUGAGGCUGGAGAAGCAUCUGAGGAAGAAUGAUGUUGAGAUGGAGGAGGAGGAGUUUUGGGCCACUGAGCUGCAGAUUGAGCUGGAGAGUGAGAGACAGCUGGAGGAAAGACUGCAAGAGCUUAGAGGACGCCUGCAGGGCUGUGAAGUAGAGAUUGAAGAAAAGCUGGCAAUGGUACAGGGUGUAGAGGCAGGCCUGGAAGAGGAGCGGCUGCAGAGGGAGCGGCAGGAGACCCAGUGGGUCAGUGAGGCAGAGGCUCGGUCUCAGGUGCUCAGGGUCAAAGCAGAACUGAAAGCCCAGGAGAGACAGGCUGUGCAGCUAGAGAGUAGCUGCAGAGCUGUGGACAGGUCACUUGGACAAAGCAGCAAGAAACUGCAGGACAUGCAGCACGAGCUGGAACAGCUGACCAAGGAGCUGAGGCAGGUUAAUCUGCAGCAGUUCAUCAAGCAGACCGGCACCAAGGUCACAGUGCUGCCGGCUGAACCCACUGAGGAUGAAAGUACUCCCAACAGUCAUGGAAUAGAUUUAGUUCCCCUGUCUGGCUCCCUGAAGCGUCCAGUGUCCUCGCACUCGAUGUCCAGUCACCUCCGAGUGCUGCACAGCCCUCUCACUUCUGGCCUGAACCCUGAGGGGAUCUACGUUUGAGACGGCUCUGCUCAAUGAGAACACUGCACGUCUCCCUUCCAGAGCCCAAUUUAACCCCAGAACACAUGUGUAAGUGGAUAUCUUUGUACAGGAUACCUCAGUAGCACACUACUAUGCACUGUUGUCUCAAUUACCUGAAGGCAACCUCGAGUGUGAAGACUCAAAUAGUGAAGGAACAACGUUGAUCUUUGAAUCGAGGUCAUGGAGCACUUGUUGAGACUGAAAGAUGAUUUGAGAGCUUGAUGAAAAACCACAGAAGCAGCACCAUAUGUCAUGGUGCACUGAAAGUAUUCUGACUUUCUGAACAUCAGGCUGUUGUGGACUUCCUUUAUGAACAUAUCCACUUAAAGUACUUUUAAUCUCACUUUAGUACCUGCUGAAUGAUUUGUAUUGUUUUCUCACUAGCAUCAUGAUUCAAAACUAUUGCCUUUUGAACAGUAUUCUUGGGAAUCUUGGUAUGUGAAUCUAUGAACUAUAUCUCUAAAAUCAUAUGUAAUUUCUGCAGUGAAUACAUUUUACCCAGCAUAAUGACUGGUUCUUAACUAAGUAAUGAAGGAUCCACUUGUGUCUAUAGUGUCUAGAAUCUUAUCGUUUUGCAUAUCAGAAUUUAUUCCAAUAGUCUGUUCAUGUUAAAACUAUGCACAAAUGGUUAAUAGUUUUGUUACUGAAGAAUGUUUGUCUGUAUGUACCAAAAUGAUGGCUUACUGUAAAUAUGUUUUCUUACUUUUCAGCUUUAUUUAGUGAAUUAUUAUAUUUUAUUACAAAGCGGUGCAUUCACGGUUACAAAAUGCAGAGCCCUCAUUCCCGCAGUAAAAUCUGCAUAAUGAAACAGUGUUAAUUACCCUCUUAAGCUGAUUUUUGUUGUUAAGAUGACUACACAGUAUAUUUUUGCCAAAUGUAUUAUGCUUGUUUUUCCUGUAAGGAUCGGUGGCCAAAGAUUAGCAGGUCUUGUUGCAUGAUUGUGAUGUUAAUAUAGCCAUAUGUGGAUGUGCAGAACACCAACAGUACACUAAAUCAGUUAGUCAAAUCUAAAAAUGGCGGCAUGUAAUAAUACAAUGGAUAACUAUAGCUACAGUGUGUGUGAGAGUGUGAGUCAGCGACUUAAGAAACUAGUGUGUGUGCGUGUGCCGCAGAGUCAAAAUAGCCAAGGUAUGAAGCCCCUCUUAGGUUGUAGAUCCGCUGCUAAUCACAUCAAAGUGCCUUAUAUUCAUUCCACAGUUGGUGUGUCAAAUAAUGUACAGUAAAGCUUUAGUAGAGACAUCGGAGCAAUGACCAUAGUCAAUUUAGAUCAGAUGUUGCCAGAUGUAUUGGUGCCACAUCGGUGCACAGAGAGAAAUGGCAAUAGCACAGCAUCAAAGAGAAAACUAUACUUAUGUUUUAUCUGUCAGUAUUUUGUAGAAAUGUCAAUGGAAAUAACAUUAUCGACCGUGCUUUCCACUCUGCUCCUGUAUUAUUGUCACUAUAAUACUAUGUGCUGUAAAAUGCAUUCACAUUUAAUCUGAUUUAUUUCAUCAUGCAACAUGUACUGUAUACUGUAGUCACCAGUUUAGAUCAGUACUGUCACCCAGGAAUAAAUAGUUGGUGUAAUGCAGAAGAGAAAUCCACCCUGUAAUCUUCACAAAAACACAACAGAAUACAUCAUCACUCCAGUGUCUCUGCUUUCAUUUAAAGGGGAGACCUGUUUUGAAAUUCCUAGGUAUAAGCUAAUCUAUGAUAGUCUAUAUAUUAGGGUGGAUUUUCCCUUUAAGAAACCACUUGCGUGCAUUUUCCACCCUGGGAUGAGACGUAGCUGUGGUCACUGUUUACAACCGUAUAUGUUCUAGAGAACUGUAAGAUGUCGACUGUAUAUAACCUGUUUUUAUUUUUUCUUGCCUUAAUAUACUGCAAAGUGUUGACAGAUGUAUGGCUGUAACUGGCUGCUGAUAUGACAUGGAUUGCAUGAUUCAAUAAACCAUCUGACUUAAUAA